UGUUAAUAUUUAAUGAACUGUUUCUUCUUUAUCUCUUAUUUUAUAUUCUUCACCUUGCCAAUUCACAAUUCUCUUCUUCAAACUCUUUAACCAAACUCCAACACAAGAAGAUCCAAUGGCUGAUCCCAUGACUAGCUCUCCGUUGUUGGAUGACCAUGAAGGUGGAGAAGACGAAAGAGGAAGGAGAAGAUCAUCAUCUUUAAUUCAAAAAGUGAUUGAUGUGGAAGAAGCAAAGGCUCAAAUUAUUUACUCUCUGCCAAUGAUAUUAACUAAUGUUUUCUACUAUUGUAUCCCUAUGACUUCUGUGAUGUUCGCUUCUCAUCUCGGCCAACUUGAGCUUGCUGGUGCCACCCUUGCCAAUUCUUGGGCCACCGUCUCCGGUUUUGCCUUCAUGACAGGGUUAAGUGGAGCACUUGAGACAUUGUGUGGACAAGGCUUUGGUGCAAAAAACUAUAGAAUGUUGGGGAUUCAUCUACAGUCAUCUUGCAUUGUCUCAUUUGUCUUCACAAUCUUCAUCACCAUAUUCUGGUUCUUCACUGAACCUAUAUUCGGAUUUCUCAGACAAGAUCCUAGUAUUUCAAAACAAGCUGCACAAUAUAUGAAGUACCAAGCUCCUGGUUUGCUAGCUUACGGGUUCUUACAAAACAUUCUGAGAUUUUGCCAAACGCAAUCCAUCAUUACUCCAUUAGCCAUCUUCUCGUUUGUUCACUUAGUGAUUAAUAUCGGUACCGCAUAUGUUCUGGUUUAUUUAUCUGGCCUCGGAUUCAUAGGUGCUCCAAUAGCUACAUCUGUUUCAUUGUGGAUAGCUUUCCUUUCUCUUGGAACUUAUGUGAUAUGUUCGGAAAAGUUUAAGGAAACAUGGACUGGUUUCUCGUUGGAAUCAUUCCGUUAUGUCGUAAUAAACUUGACAUUAAGUAUCCCUUCCACUGCUAUGGUAUGUUUGGAAUAUUGGGCGUUCGAGCUUCUAGUGUUCUUAGCAGGAGUGAUGCCAAAUCCAGAAAUCAAUACUUCUCUACUAGCUAUAUGCGUCAACACGGAAGCGGUUAGCUACAUGUUAACAUACGGACUUAGCGCAGCUGCAAGUACGCGUGUAUCCAACGAACUUGGAGCUGAGAAUGUGAAAGGCGCCAAGAAAGCAACUUUGGUGUCCGUUAAGUUGUCAUUAGUUCUUGCUAUUGGCGUAGUGAUUGCCAUACUUAUUGGUCAUGAUGGUUGGGUUGGUUUAUUCAGCAAUAGCCUUGUGAUCAAAGAGGAGUUUGCAUCAUUGAAGUUUUUUCUUGCUGCUUCUAUAACCCUUGAUUCAAUCCAAGGUGUUCUUUCAGGAGUUGCAAGAGGAUGCGGAUGGCAGCGUUUAGCCACGGUUAUAAAUUUGGGAACAUUCUACUUAAUUGGAAUGCCGAUCGCAGCCUUUUGUGGCUUCAAGUUGAAGUUGUAUGCCAAGGGAUUGUGGAUUGGUCUGAUAUGUGGGCUUAUUUGCCAAUCUUCAUCACUCUUGCUUAUGACAAUAUUCCGGAAGUGGACGAAGCUGAAUGCUGCUACGGUCUGAAAAAGUUUUAGUUCCAAUUUUUCUAGGGACGAGGCACAUUUCUUUUCUUAAGCAAUAUGGAAUAAAAUAAAUUUUUGCAGAAAAAUAAUUUUUCGAAUAUCAUUGGAAUUAAGAAGACUAUGUAAUUGUGGACCAGAUAACUCACGAUUUUUAACCAAUGUGAAAGUUAUCUUCUAGUCA